AUGUGGGAUCAAAUGGGACCCGUCGUCCGGGCCCUUGUGUCUAGGGCAGACUCGGGCGACAUUCCAGAUAUCACCGACCCAUGGCCGGUCAAGGACAUUGUCUACGUAGCUAUUGUCGGCGGUGUCAUGAUUGCUGCUUUGCUCGAAUGGUUUCUCUGGGUUGCCGCGUUCACAUACUGUCUGGUCAAGGUCUUCCAGAAGGCUGAGUCCAUGAGUGUUCGACUGCUGGCGAUCUUCUUCGGUAUCCUCUUCUUCUGUCUCCGUGCCAUCUUCUUGCCCAUCAUGGUCGUCACGCUUCCUCUGCCCGCCCAGGUCGUCAAAUACUUCCCCCAGGAGAUGGUCGAUUUCCUCCAAUGGUUUGCUUUCUGGUCAUUUGCUGGUCUCUUGACAGUCCCGUGGUUGUUCUGCGUUUACCAACUCGUCACCCACUCCGUCGGCCGCGCUAGGAGGAUCAAAACCGUGCUCGAUGAGGCCUCUGCCCCCAAGGUCGUCAUUGUCAUGCCCUGCUACAAGGAAAUUCCGGAGAUUCUUCUGCGAACGUGCGAUUCGCUCGUCGACUGCGAGUACCCCCCUUCCUGCCUGCACAUCUUCCUGUCCUUCGACGGAGACCAGGAAGACGAACUCUACUUGAACACCAUCGAGAAACUCGGUGUACCCCUCACCCUGGACUCGUACCCCAAGUCCAUCGAUGUCAUCUACCGUAGCUGCCGUAUCACCAUCUCUCGUUUCCCCCACGGUGGUAAGCGUCAUUGCCAGAAGAGGACCUUCAAGCUCAUCGACAAGAUCUACACCGAGUACCUCAAGCGCAACGACAACCUGUUUGUGCUCUUCAUCGACUCCGAUUGUAUCCUCGACAAGUCCUGCAUCCAAAACUUCAUGUACGAAAUGGAACUCAAGCCUGGCUCUAAGAAGAACAUGUUGGCCCAGACCGGUGUCAUUACAUCUACCACAGAGAAGAACUCGCUCAUCACCCUGCUUCAGGAUAUGGAGUACAUUCACGGUCAACUUUUCGAGCGUUCUGUCGAAUCUGGAUGCGGUGCCGUCACCUGUCUUCCCGGUGCCCUUACCAUGUUGCGAUUCUCUGCCUUCCGUAAGAUGGCCAAGUACUACUUUGCCGACAAGGCUGAACAGUGUGACGACCUCUUCGAUUACGGCAAGUGCCAUUUGGGCGAGGAUCGUUGGUUGACUCACUUGUUCAUGAUUGGCGCCCAGGAACGAUACCAGAUCCAGAUGAACACCGGAGCUUUCUGCAAGACCGAGGCUGUGCAAACCUACUCUUCGCUGCUCAAGCAGCGUCGCCGAUGGUUCUUGGGUUUUAUCACCAACGAAGUUUGCAUGUUGACAGAUAUCCGUCUGUGGAAGCGCUACCCCAUCCUGCUGAUCGUUCGUUUCAUGCAGAACACUAUCCGUACCACCGCCCUGCUUUUCUUCAUCUUGGUCAUCUCCCUCAUCUCGACCUCGCAGAAAAUCGCCAACCUACCCGUCGGUUUCAUUGCCAUUUCUCUCGGACUCAACUGGCUUCUCAUGAUCUACUUCGGUGCCAAGCUCGGUCGUUACAAGGUCAUGCUUUACCCUCUUAUGUUCGUUGUCAACCCCUUCUUCAACUGGGUCUACAUGGUCUACGGUAUCUUCACUGCUGGUCAACGUACUUGGGGUGGACCCCGUGCUGAUGCCGGUACUGCUGACGCCAAGGUCUCUCCUCAGGAGGCUAUUGAGCAGGCCGAAGCUCAGGGCGAUGAUCUUAACGUUGUCCCUGAGACCUUCAAGGCCGCCGCCGAAGCUCAAAAGAACCGCCCCGGCCCCGUUCCCCUGCAGCCUACCGCCGAUAUGGAGGGACGCUUCGCCGCUGCCGAGCGGCUGCCCAACGGCUGGUACCAGCAAGGAAACGACUCUGGUCUUACUUUCCCCAACAUGGCACCCCGCGACCCUAACGCUCCUCAUGUUCCUCUGCACCCCCGCUCUUCCAUGGACUCGUUCACCUCGGGCACUUCCGCCAACAACUCCGUCUACAUGCCGCGUCGUGUCGAAUCCUUCAUGGACCCUGAGGAUGCUCGCAUCUACCACAAGACUCAGCAGACUCAGAAGCCUGCUGGUGGUGCUUUCUUCGAGGAGCACCGUCAACAAGGACCUUACGAAGUUGGCAUGAGCUCCGGAAAGGGUGGUUACACGGAGUCGGUCGAGUCUCUUUCCAGCGACUCUGUCUACGACAAGCAGCAGCAGCAGAGGCCCCAACAAUACCGCAACCAGAGCAAUACAUCGCCACUUUCCGCCGAGUACGGACAGGGCGAUCUGGCGGCGCCCAAGGCUGCAUACAGCCAGCAGAACAACCGUGACUCUAACGGCUCAAACCGUCAGGGACGCAGUCCUCUCGCACAAGAAAGCUACAGGAGUGCACCGGGCGAUGAGCUUGGCUUCGAGAUGCAACAACCCCAGAACAGCAGCUUGAUGCGCGAUGUAUCACCUGCCCCCAUGGGCCACAGCAGAAGCGAUUCUACAGAUUCGAAGAAGCGCAAGCGCCUCACUAAGGACCGCAAAUAA